GUCACUGCCCUCCGUCUUCGUCGUCGUCGUUCGUCCCUCGCUCUCUCUUCUCGCUCUUCCCCCCGACGCCCCCGACGAUGCACCAGGGCGGACGCGGCGGCGUCGUUCCCCCGCCGCUCGCGCUUGCGAUGCCGCGCCCUCACCUUGUGCGCACGCGCAGCGGCGCGAGCCGCUCCUCCCUCGCGAGCCCGCGCACGCCGAGCUGCCGCUCGCCCGUUCCAUCCGCGUUCUUCUGCCCCGGCAGCAGGAAGAGCACCGACAGCUGGGGAAGCUCGGUCGAUGGCGACGAACCCGAGUUCGAAUGGCAGACCGACCAAGUUCUGCUGCUCUCCCGCACUCUCGACGCGCUACCCGCCCAUAUCCUCACGCCAUUCAACGGUUCCGUCCCGCCCGCCAACCUCCUCGACAAGGUCGCCCGCGGCGUCGCACAAGCCAAGGGCCCCGAGCAAUGGCCGCAUUCCGUGCGCGCGACGCGCGCCAAGCUGCUUGAGCUCGCUAAAUCGCGCGCAAAAGAGGAGCGCCAGAAGCUGGUUUUGCGCGAGGAGGAGGAACAUCCGCUCAGGACGGGAUCGCCGAUGGACGUGCUGCGGCAGAGCACGAAUACGCCCGACAGGCCGGCAGGACGGAGCAAGCUACCGCUGUACAGGCAGUCGAGCAUGGACUUCAUGCAGAGCGCGCGACUAAGCGGGUCCAGUGACCGCAUGGCACGCCUCACGAGCCGCCUCCAACGAGUCGCAAACGCGCACCCGUCAUCAUAUCAUCCCUACUCCCGCCCACGUCCCCGCUCUCCUUCCCCCAAUUCCAACGAAAUAUCAAACUCGAACUCGACUGGGAGCACCGGUCGCACUGAACUUUCUCUAGGACCCACUCUAAUUUCCUCGACGCCUUCGUCGACCACGCUCAACUCGUCCUCUGUCUCGUCGCGCCUGCAAACAGACGCGAAGAAGAAGGCUGCGCAGCGGAGCUCGACGUCGAGCGACGGCUCCGGCCUUGGCUGGGUGCUCGAUCCGCGCAUACAGCGCAUCCGCCGCUCGGACUCGUUCUCGUCGCUGUCGGCCUCGAACGGCUCGCCCCGGAAUUCGGGCGUAUAUGCGCUCAACGUACCGCCGAUCCUCAAGCGCGCCGCGUCGUACUCGACGAUAUCCACUACGUCCUCCGACGGGACGAAGAUCAGCGUCGACCCGCCUACUCCUUCCCACCUACGUACCAAUCAUAACAAUUACUUUACACGGCCUCAAACCAUGGGACACAACCGGAUAGACAGUUUCGCGAGCACGUCUUCCACAUCGUCGGACGAAGAGGAUAAAGCUCGCACGAAGCUGGCCAAGAAGAUGCGUGUCAAGAGCCCGUCGCCGACGCCUACCGCGCCACCCUGCACACCCGGCGCGCCGGCGCCGGCCCUCGGUCAAGGCAAAUCUAGCACCAAGACGAGACGCUCUCAGUUGCCGACCCUCGCGCCCUCCAAGGGCUUCUCGACCCCACAAGUUCAAGCGCCGACGAAGAAGAUUGCUACGCUCUCUCCGAGCACGACGCAACGGCCGCGGCUGAGGCAGAAUGUGCAGCGGAACCCGAGCAUGCUGGGUCCCGAGUUGCCCAAGAUUCCCGCGUCGCCUUCUCCCACGACCGAAACACCGGCAUUGAGGGCUAAGACUGCCACACCUGCGGGGGGCGCGAGCGUGAAGCGGAAGAAGACGUCCGGAGCGCUCUCGCCCGCUUCUCCGGGCACGCCGCCGCCGCCGACGCCCGCGAGCCCGUCGCUGAGCCCCGGGCAGCACCGCCCGCUGCGGCGCAUGAAGGCGAUCCCGCUCAAGGGCGUCCCGCACCUCGCGAAGCGGAUCUCGUUUGGCAGCCUCGCGGCGCCGAGAGAGGAGGCGCCGGCGCCGGUCGUGCACCAUCUUCCGCGGACGGACGACGGGAACGGGCUCGGGAGCGCGUUCCAGCUGCAUUGAGCGUGCGUCGACGUCCCUUGCGUCCAAGGGAGGAUUCCACGGAAGGGGGCGGCGCCCUGUCCUCCUUCUGCGUCUUCUGCUCAAAAUGGCAGAACCGUAUGCCUAGUGUAACAUCAUUCCAGCCUCUACCGCAACUACCCAACACUCAUGGACACGAUCUCGUCCGUUAUUAUUUCAUCAUCAUCAACAACAAACAUCAGAUGGGACAGCGCUCGUCUCGGAUUCCCCGUCUUCAUCCAACCCAAUCCGACGCGUCUGUUCGUCCCGGCCCGGUCAUCCUCAGCAUUCUCGGCAUCGUCCCGUUUCUCAAAAUUAUCAAGUUCAAGGACAUUCUCUCCCUCCCCUCUGGUCUCUCUUCGACCCAUGCGUCUUGGGCAUGCGAACGCGUCCGUAGCCACACCGACUGCAACCCAUAUCGACUGCUUGCGAAUCCCCGCUGCUACCCGCCACCGACCCUCCGACUCGCUUGCGACCGCGCCAAUUCUCGCGCCUCCACACACGCUCGACUCCGUACGCGUACAUGCGCCCCCUCGGUUCUCUGAGGAGACUCGGCGCCCCUGCUUUACCAUCCGAUGCUCUCGCUGCACCGUAGUUUGGUGCUCCUCCUGCACACAUCGUCAACCCGCCAUGCGCCCAUCGCGCAUACAUCCGGCCUUUCCACCCGCUCUGACAUGCUCAGGUUACCUGACAACACGUACCCUCCUUCUCUCAUAGAUCGGUCCCGCGUCACUCUCGUUCAAUCUCCCACCGACAUCCUCGUUCCGUUUUGGAAACCACUGUACACUCCCUUCAUCUCGCGCUUGUAUAGCCCCCCUUCGUCAUCGGCAUCACACGGACACACCACUCUCAUUCAGGCAACUCCCCUCUCCUCGGUCUCAAAUCUCACAUAUCGGUUCGAUAAGUUAUUACCUCGCCGGAACCGGAAUUCUGGUCGGGUUGUGUGUGCUUAUAUCCUUCCCCCCCUCCGCCCCAUCCUCCCUACAUCUCGCUAACGGAGCGACCGUCCGCCCGCUUAUCGCGGCGCUAACCUCCCCGAUUUAUACAUCGCAUACGCUCCUUAGCUGGCUUCGUACCCACCCAAACCACCCUCGUUAUCCAAGUGGGCAAUACGCUCACUUCUCUAUCAACUUUGAUUUUCGCCUCUCACUCUCCCC